AUGUUGCCUCCGGUGCCAAAUCCUGCCGAGUUCGGAGUGACUUCCGACUACGGUUUCCUCUCCCCAGAGCUACCCCUAGAGGUCCUCCCCGAUCCUUACUACGCUGACUGGGAGAUGAUCAUUGGGAAUCUGCACCCAUUGAUAUUGAGUAAACGUCUACAAUCGAUGGUGGAUCAUCUCCCUCUACUCUCUGUCAUACACCUACGGACCGAGGCUGAGUGGCGUCGUGCAUAUGUCGUACUGGUAUUCAUACUACACGGUUAUGUCUGGAGUGGCGAUUCGCCCACAGAGAGGAUUCCACCUCAACUGACAGUGCCUUUGUUCAAAGUCUGUGAACGACUCGAAUUACCCCCCGUGGCUACCUACGCGGGAGUCUGCCUGUGGAAUUAUAAACCCGUCUUCGCCGACGAGCCUGCCACCAACUUGGAUAACCUAGCUUGUCUGCAAACCUUCACUGGAUCUCUAGAUGAACAAUGGUUCUACCUCAUUUCCGUCGCCAUAGAAGCACGGGGGGCCCCUGCUAUCCCUCUGAUGCUCCGGGCUAUCACGGCCGCCCGCACAGGAAAUAGCCAGAUCGUAACCGAGUGCUUGCAACGACUAGCAGAAACCAUCGAUGAGACCAGCACGUUACUACAGAGGAUGUAUGAAAACUGCGAUCCAUAUGUCUUCUACAACCGUAUACGCCCUUAUUUAGCUGGAAGUAAAAACAUGUCGGAUGCCGGAUUGCCAAAUGGGCUAUUGUACGACGAUGGCCACACUCUCGAGUACCGGCAAUAUGGCGGGGGCAGCAAUGCUCAAAGCUCACUCAUCCAAUUCUUCGAUAUUAUCCUCGGAGUGGAACACCGACCAACUGGGACCAGUCGCAGCGAUGAACAGAGCACUGACGGCAUCAAAUCACGAAACAGCUUCAUCCACGAAAUGCGCACCUACAUGCCGGGCCCACACCGACGAUUCCUGGAGCAGAUUGACUCGGUAGCAAACAUCCGCCCCUUUGUCGAGGCGAGACGCGGAGACUCUGCGCUAUGUAUCGCCUACGAUGCCUGUCUAGCCAUGCUGCGUGUGCUACGCGAUAAGCAUAUCACUAUAGUGUCCCGCUAUAUUAUCCUACAGUCCCGCAGCGCACGUCAGCCUUCUCGAUCAACGAAUCCAACCCCCACAGCAGUGACAAACCUUGCAACCGCGACUCCGGCUGACAAGAAGAAGCUGCGGGGUACCGGUGGUACGGCACUCAUUCCAUUCCUGAAACAAGCUCGAGAUGAGACUGGGGAGCCGGCUAUCGAUGCCUGGGCGCGACGGUUGCUGAGCAACGGCCCUGCCGACAAGAACUUUGCUUCGCUGAGCAAGGUUGGCGAACAACCCGAUGGUCAUCUCGAGGUGGUCGGCCUGUGUGGCACAUGGACAGCUGAUGAAAACGAGGGCGGAAUUUGUCACUGGUAG